AUGUUUAUGCUGGUAAGAUUAGGAAGACCACUAGGUUAUAGUUACUUAGAGAGCAACAAGAAAAAUCCUAGACGUCUCAAAAAUUUGAUAGAAUAUUUCAAAAUCAAGCUCCUUGGGGGAGUUAAUGAUCUGACACAUGCUGAUAUUACCUGCACAAGCAUCACCAUUAUAUCUCUGCUGGCUUACCUGAAGAUCUCAUUACAACUAAUACUAAUAUCUGAUCUUGUCGCAUUAUAUGCAGCAACAUGCUAUGCAAUCUUAGAAGACAGGGAAAAUCUGUUAGUUGAUUACCCCUCAGAGCCACUGUUGGUAGAAAUGGGAUUCUUUCUGAUUGAGGAUAAGUGUAACUUGAUCAAAGUUUUAAAGAUAUUCAAUGAUUUAUUAAAGAAUGGUAUUGUAGAGUCUGGUUUACGUGAGGAACUUGUGACAUGA